AUGAAUAAUGUUCAACCUGAUAACAACACAACCACUGAUAGAAUGGACACUACUAGUCCAUCUUACCUACAUCCAUCAGAGAAUGUAGGUUCAACACUGUUACCUGUUGUUUUUUAUGGAAAUGGGUAUAGAUCCUGGAGACGAGUUGUUCUUAGAACCCUGUUAGUGAAAAGGAAAACUAGUUUUAUUAACGAGAAGAUUGUGAAGCCAGACUCAACUGAUCCAAGUUUUGAACAUUGGGAAAGAUGUGAUGACAUGGUGACCUCUUGGAUUCUAAAUUCACUUUCACCUAACUUAAGGGAUGGACUCCAACAUGUGAGCAAUGCUAAGGAACUUUGGGAGGAGUUAGAGGAUCGAUAUGAUCAGACCAAUCGUUGCGAAUUGAAAGGGUUAGCCUCUACAAAAAUUGCUUACACAUCUGAAGAAGGAAACAGUCAGGGUGGUGAGGAAAAUCUUGAGGUGAGGAGACAAAUGCCACCGAAUCUAUCUAAAGGUCUGUAUGAGCAGUUGCUCAACCUCUUGGGGACCCUACAGGCUGGAAACAAAGACAAUGAUGAUUCAUGCAUCUCAAACAGUGAUAAUACUGCCACGAGUGGCACCACCGGAGGGCCUGAAGUUCUUGCAACUAAUACUAUAAGGAGUUCAAACAGUGAUAAUGCAGCCAAGAGUGGCACCGCCGAAGAGCCUGAAGCGAAAAUUAAUGCCCUAUUUUAA